ACUGCUCAAACUCAUACCGUUAUAUCAAACAGUCUUCAGACCUUCACCAGAGAAGUUUUAUAAAAUUUUAGAAAAAUUACAAAAAAAGUUAUUAUGGGACGGCGACACACAAUACCUAAGGCUAAACCUGCUGACAAACCUAAAAACAAGAAAAAGGGUUCCAAGAAGCCGGUGAAAGAGGUCCAUGAAGAGGUUAAAGAUAAUCAACACCAAGAGAAAGAUAAAUAUAUUGGUGAAUAUGUUAUGGAACAGAGAAACGGUUGCGUAUUCUUCCUAAAGCAAAGUGAACAGCCAACCUGUAACAAACAGAAGGAAGAAUCUUGCCAUUCGUAUUCUGAACCUGAAAUUCCAUUACCAGCCAGACAGGAUGAAAAAAUUGAUCCUCUAGAUUUAGAUAAAUUCCUUUGGAGGGAUCAUUCGGAUUUUCGUCAACUCAGUCCAGCAUAUAAAUACGAUUUUUUAAGAACAAAAACAAUAGCAAAAGAGAUUAUUGAAGGCGUAAUAAAAGAACUCAGAAACGCCAGGGAUGUUUAUGAAAUUUCAAGGUGCGUUCAAAGGUGUCAUAUUCGUACCAUUAAUACUAAUUUCUGGGAAGAAAAAUUACAAUACAUGUAUAACAAAAGUAUUCUUGGUGAUAUAAGUGAAGAUGACCUAGUUUCAGCCUACAUCACAUUCUCAGAAUUUACAGAAUCUUGCUACUCCAAAGAAUUAACAAAUUCCGAAGAUGUUCAAACUGCUUCAGGUAAUUAUUUGGAGGAUAAAGAAGCUUUAGAAUUUUAUAAUUCCCAUAUUUUAUCUGAAGUUUGUCAAUACCUUCGUUUAAAGUUGGAAAUGGAUAGAGAUUUAACUUUUCAACAAUCUGAAAUUUUAGCUAGAAAAAUUCAAACUAUUGAAGUGAUUUUACAAGAGAAAACCAUGGCAUCGCCGUGUGAUAUAAAAUGUGUUGACGUUUUUGCUUUUAUUGAAGAAAAACUUAAACAAAGCAACUAUAUUACAUCUAUAAACGAAUAUCUUGAAAUUUUGAAGCAGAGAUCUCAAACACCGGCGGAUCAACUUGUUUCUGAAGCAAAAGAUUGGCUUAAUUGGGCAAGACAAAACAAUAAUUUACGAUUAACCGAAACCAAGGUCCCUCAUAGUAUACUUAAUGGAACUGCGAUUGAUGUAAAAGUUUUUGUUAAAUACGGCCCAGACGAUAAAAUUUAUGAUCGACAUCAGGAAAUAAGAAGUCGGGUUGCCAGGGGUAAUGCAUUUCUAAGCGUAGAGGGAAGUCAAGGACCAGUAUGUACAACAUUCGCUUUAAAGAAGUUCACUGGUGGACUCGGAGACGACGAUGAUAGAGUUGACGAUUCAGGAGAUGAAAAAAUAUGGCAGAGAUAUUUUGCAAGGCCACUUGAGGAAGCAUCGUUAAUUAUAGCCACCGAUAAAGCAAAUGGUGAAGCAGCUCAUUUAAGUUGUCUAAAAGUUAAUGGAAAGCAUAUUAUAUGUGCUGGUUCAAAGAAUGUUCACAUCUACUUUACAGAAACAAAUCAAAUUGAUGAAUAUGAAGGUCAAAGAUAUGCAGUAGCUAAAGUUGUUGCAUACACAAUAGCACAUUUCUUAAAGAAACUUUCAAAGAAUGAUAAACACUUAAUCUUAGAAUUUUUGUCUCGAGCAAGGGUGACCGGUAUAUUCGAAAUUCUUAAUCCUCAAACCCAACACGUUGAGAAUCUGUCUUACUUGAAAGAGCCUAAACUAAUGUUUAUUACUUGGACUUUUAAUGAUGCUCUUUUAACAAAUAAUAACCAAUUGGGAUGCGUGCCACCACAUAUAGGAAUUGAGAUAGCCAAAUGUUUAGGUUUUGAUACUGUAUCGUAUACAGAAAUUCCACCGCAGGAGCUUGAUGAUCAAUUUAAAGCAGUUAGAAAUGGUUAUCAAUACGAGGGUAAAGUUUUUUAUUUCCUCGAUUCAUCAGGACAGGUUUUUGGCUUGCUGAAAAAGAAAACAGCCUGGUAUAUUAUUUGUCGGGCAAUCAGAGAAAAGGUAAGAAAUGCUCUUCAUAAACACAAAAAGAAUCCAAUGAAUCCAAGAGAAGUUCAUGAAAAGACUGUAAAACGAUUAAGGGAAAUUCAGCAAUGGUUAGGUUUAGAGAAUCAAUAUACAUCAAAAUGGCAGGAGUUGAUAGAUCAUUUUUUCCAAUGGUUCUUUCCCAAAUUAAAGCAAGGAAAGCUAGAUACUUCGGAUGUGGGAGAAUAUUUUCCAAUUACUUGGUCUAAUUUCUUAAAAGAAGCCGGCCAGAGUGAUAAGAUUGAACAGAUUUGA